AGAAAAUGUGCACUUCGAAGCGGAUACUACUGCUAGCACUCACCUUCUUGGCAUACGUGGUUGAUUCUGCCUCUGCGUAUAGCCAUGCUGAGACCCUCUGUGGUGGAGAAUUGGUGGACACACUGCAGUUUGUCUGUGGGGACAGAGGAUUUUAUUUUAGUCGGCCGGUGGGCAGAAACCGAGGCCGGCUCAACCGUGGCAUAGUAGAGGAGUGCUGUUUCCGGAGCUGCGAUCUUAAUCUCUUGGAAACUUACUGUGCAAAAUCUGUCAAAUCGGAGCGGGACCUCUCAUCAUCUUCUCUUGUAGUCUUACCAGCACUAAACAAGGAUACCUUUCAGAAGCCUUCUCAUACUAAGUACUCCAAAUACGACAUAUGGCAGAAGAAAAGCUCGCAGCGCCUUCAAAGGGGGCUCCCCAACAUCCUCCGUGCCCGCAGGUAUCGAUGGCAGACCGAAGGACUGCAGGAAUCGGAGGAAUCCAAGGCCCAUCGUCCCUUGGUUGUCCUCCCCACCCAGAUGCCUCUUGUAGUGCAAGCCACCUCAGAAACGACAGGCACCCAGAAGUGAACUGUGACAAUUAGCAAAAUGGAUUCUU